AUGGAACCACCGCAGCUGGCACCAGAUGCUUGUGCCGCUUGCAAGACCGAGCAACGUCCCUGUGACGAGAUUGCGAGCAUUUCUACCUGCGAGCAACUCCCAAGCUAUGUGUCUGAACAGCUUGGCGAUGAGGCAACACAGCGCGCCAUCAGCUCGCGAUACUUCCAAGUCACUCAUAAUUGGCUCCCAAUCAUCUCCAAGCAGCGUUUCUUUCACCGUUUGGAUGCACCGACUGAGACAUGCCCCCCAGAUUGGAAGCUACUCCUCCUCUGCAUGAAGCUUAUUAACUGGCUGCCUGACGCAAGUAGCCCGCAGACACCCCUCUACCGAGCAGCUAAACGCUUCUUCCUCGAGGUUCAACUCAGCGGGGUCAUAUCCUUGGCCGUACUUCAGGCUGCUAUCCUGAUUGCGUUCUACGAAAUCGGCCACGGUAUAUUCCCCUUCGCUAACAUCUCUGUGGGUAUCUGCGCAAACAUGUCUGAGGAGGAAACGCUCCAGCUUCAACGUAUUAUCGAGGACAUGGUGGAGUCUACUCGCGUCGACUGCCCUGCGCGUCAUCUCCUCGGAGUUUUUGGCUGUGAGGCCAAGGCUAUUCUGUUUGGUUCACUCAUUGCUCUCCAUGACGAAGAAGAUUUUCUCCUCCCUGUGCCACUGGAAAUUCCGCUUCUUAUAGGAAGCGAGUUGGCCGCGAAACCAUGGGAAGCCACCUUGCCGGAGAAUGACAUCAACCGUGAUCAAUGGCCGCCGUUUGCUGUCCACAUCAUCUUCCAAGCGGCGGUCAGUAUCGUCAGAAGCAAGAGGGAUGAAGGCUACGAAGCCGUUCAAAUUUGCCUUCAGCCAUUCAAAUCGGCGCUGGAGAUUGCUGAGCAAAGAUGGUUAUCCGCCGACCUUAAGCCUGCUAUUAGCGGACUGUUUUUCUGUCACAACCCUUUCAAUCCGUCUCACUCCAACCAGAAGCCUUACCAUAUUCACGAUACUUUCCUCUACCAACAUGUGCUCCACUCCGAGAAUCUUCCUCCAGGACACUACUUGGACACACCGGCUGCAGGAUAUCCACCGCUCCUAGCUUCCGGUGCCGGCAGCUUGUUUUUCGAGCCGGAAACUGUUUCCACAGAAUGGUUGUCAAGUUGA